AUGUCUGAUUCAAACACAAUUGUGGGAAAAAAGGUGGAUACUUCUUCUCUGGUGGACGAAAAGGGCAAAAACCUUAAACAAAUUGUAUGCGAACGCUGCGCGUCCAAGAUCCUCCCGGCCAAGGUCGGAACUCUUGAAGAGUUCAAUUUCGAAUUGAACAUCAUGAAGAAGGAGUCUGAAACAGAUUCGGAUCUGACCAAAGAACAACUCUCUCAGUUCUAUCGCGUGGAAGACAUGUUUGAUUUUGACAACAUUGGCUUCUCGCACACUGUCGGGGAUAUCAAGUAUCUCAUUUGUGCAGAUUGUGAGAUUGGUCCUGUGGGUUGGCAUAGCAUUUCUUCAAAGAAGUGUUACGUCGCUCUGACUCGAGUGGCGUACAAGUAG